UCCAUUACUCUCCUACAUAAAAAGUGUUGGGCAGCAUCAGACCAAAAACAAACCAUUUCCUUUCAAGUGUCGCAAUUUCCGUUUGCCUGACUUGAAGUGUGCUAGUUUUUGUAUCUGCACUGCUCGAUUCGAUUUAAGCGUCAUAAUGUAACGUUAACGUUAGAGAACCGCCCGCCUUGUAGACGAUAUGAUACAAACCGAGCAUUCUAUACUUUCUCCGAGGUUAUAACAUAAUAUUUUAAUGUAGAGCAUGGUUUUUGCUUUUAAUUAAUGAAAAUCUUAGCUGCUAACACUCCACGACCAUCAUGAGGUUUAUCUGGAUGUUUAUCUAAUGGUCGGCAAGUUUCAUGAGAUCAAUCAGUGAGGCAAUGACAAUGUUUAAAAAUAUUUUUUUUACAUAGUAAGUUCUAUUUUGAGUAAUAUUACGCAGUUAUGAAUAUCACAGAUAGUGUGUUGCGGAGUUUCAGAGUAGCAAGGACGUAUCGAAACAAUUCCGAGAAAGUUAACUGUGUGGACUACAGUCCAAAUGGUGAAAGUGCGAUAUCAAGCAGCGACGAUGACUGCAUUAUGUUAUACGACAUCCAGCAGGGCAAGCCGAGUAGGACCCUGUACAGCAAAAAAUAUGGAGUAGACCUUAUUCGUUACACACAUGGAGAUCCAAACACAGUGGUCUACAGCUCCAACAAACUGGAUGAUACCAUCCGAUACCUGUCACUUACUGACAACAAGUUCAUCAGAUAUUUUCCAGGGCACACUGCAAGGGUUACUGCCCUCUCCAUGUCUCCAGUGGACCAUACUUUCAUCUCCAGCUCGCUGGAUAAGACGAUCCGGAUCUGGGAUUUGCGCUCUCCCAACUGUCAGGGUUUGACUAAUCCUCUGGGGAGACCAGUAUGUUCAUUUGACCCAGAUGGUCUGAUAUUUGCUGCAGGGGUGGAGUCUCAGACUAUUAAACUUUAUGACUUGCGUGCUUUUGACAAGGGCCCCUUUUCCAGCUUUGAAACCAGGUUUAAUCGAGUCUGUGACUGGACAGGACUCAAAUUCAGUAAUGACGGGGAACAGAUUCUCAUCUGUACCAACGGAGGGGCCAUUCGCAUCCUGAAUGCUUUCAGUGGAUCUGUGCUGCACACUUUUUCAGGCUAUAACAACAGCAAAGGUAUUUCCUUGGAGGCUUGCUUCACUCCAGACUCCAAGUUUGUCAUGAUUGGUUCAGAGGAUGGGCGUGUUCAUGUUUGGAGCACAGAAAGUGGGAUGAAAGUGGCUGUCCUGGAUGGGAAACAUCCAGGACCCAUUAACACAUUGCAGUUUAACCCCAGAUACCUGACAUUUGCCAGCGCCUGCACAAACAUGUUGGUGCUAGAUUCAUGUAGAGAGCCAGCACAGAGCUGGGACAAGGAUUACGAUCACUACCUGCUUCCCCUGCUCACGCCUCAGCAGCCUUGUUAUAUCCUCUAUCGUCUGGACUCCCAGAAUGCACAGGGACACGAGUGGAUCUUCAUCGCUUGGUCACCUGACCAAUCACCUGUGAGGCAGAAGAUGAUGUAUGCUGCGACCCGUGCCACACUGAAGAAAGAGUUUGGAGGAGGCCACAUCAAAGACGAAAUAUUUGGUACAGUUGAGGACGACCUGUGCUUCCAGGGUUACCUGCACCAUAAGUCUUCCUCCUCCUUGCCGGCUCCACUCACAGCAGCUGAGCAGGAGCUACAACGAAUCAAAGUUACAGAGGAAAGAGUUGUUUGGGAUGAACGUAGACGGAUUAGCACUCCAACAGGACGAGCGAAGGUCACAAUGGAGUUCGGCUUAGACAAGAGGGCACACACUCUUCAGGGUCUUGCAUUUCCUUUACAAGAAGAGGCCAAACGAGCUUUACAGCAGCUCAAGCAGAAGCGCCUCAACUACAUACAGCUGAGGCUGGAUGUAGAGAAAGAGACCAUUGAGCUGGUUCACACCAAACCAACAGAAAUUCACGAGCUUCCAUUCAGGAUUCCCACAGAUUCCCCCAGAUACCACUUCUUCGUUUUCAAACAUUCCCAUCAAGGCCAGCUGCAGGAGGCGCUCGUGUUCCUCUAUUCAAUGCCUGGCUACACCUGUAGUAUCAAGGAGCGGAUGUUGUACUCCAGCUGUAAGAAUAGGUUACUGGAUGAGGUGGAAAGAGACUACCAACUGGAAGUCAUCAAGAAGAUGGAGAUUGACAGCGGUGAUGGUCUGACAGAAGACUUUUUGUAUGAAGAGGUCCAUCCAAUGGAGCACACCUUAAAGCAGGUCUUUGCUAAGCCGCGUGGACCAGGAGGGAAGAGGGGCAACAAACGCCUCAUAAAGGGAGCGGGAGAGAAUGGGGAAGAAAAUUAGACAUCACACAGACCUACUACAAAAAUGAAUGUCAUGAUAUUUGAAACUGGCUUGUUAUUUGACUGUUUAGCUUCUAGUCGCUGCUUCUUUGUUUUUACAUGUGGACAUAUAUUUCACACUGAAAACUAGAAAAAAAUACAGAUCCACCAUAAAGCAGAAUUCAGCAUAGUGAUGCAGAUAAGAUUUUGUUGUCUUUUUGAAAGUCUUAAACUUUUCUGAUCUACCAGUGAACCAGUCAUUGCAUAUUUACAUGUUCAGCCAAAAGUUUUAGAAAUCUAUAAAGAGAUUCAACCAAGGAAAACACUACAAGUUGCUGUACACUAACAGCCAUACAGCUGUUAAGUCUGUCCUUAAAGUGCAUGUUUUAUAUUUGCGGUUUUGAGGUUUUCCCUGUCCUGUAGCAUGUGUCGCUUUUGUAUUACAUGGAUUUAUUUUUU